AUGUUCGCACGUUCGUCUACGACUUGGCGUAUCUCAAAAUAUUACAGAAAACCCCCUCUCAUCAUGCUCGAUCUUGAUAAGCGGACAGAAUCGUUGACUGCCUCAGACGUCACUGAAGUAACACUACCGGUUAUAGAGGCGAGUUCUAUUUCAAAUAUACUGCAGAGACUCGACAAUUUAGGCCUUCAAUUGUCAGACGACAACAUUGUCAAUUGGCUUCCAGAUAAUCGAAAUCACCCUCGAAAUUGGCCGUUAAAACGCAAAUUAGCCAACACAGCUUGCAUUUUCUUGCUUGAUACAUUUAGUGCUCUUCUAGAAUCAGGAGGUCUGAUCGCAGCUACACAAGCAGCUGCAGAAUAUGGCAUUUCACAGACACAGUCACUCCUUGCCUUUUCCCUCAUGUACGGGAUUGGUGAAGCUUUGGGAAGCAUUGUCUUUCCGCCGUAUUCAGAAGCUUUCGGGAGAAAACCGAUACUCAUAUGUGCAGCCCUAUUUUUACCGAUUAGCUGCUUGAUUACCGGGCUGGUGCCUUCCAUCGCAGGGGCAUAUGCCGGCCGGUUUAUCAUGGGUGCAACGGCAUCGGUUCCUGCCACUGUUAUUGUGGGCAGUCUGGAAGAUAUGUGGGAUCCCACAACUCAAGGUCAUGCAAUAUACGCGUGGGUACUGUCGGCGGGCUUAGGGGUUGCUUUGGGACCAAUAUAUGGAGCAUACAUCACCAGCGUACUUGGUUGGCGGUGGUUGUAUCACAUUGGCGCUAUAAUUUCUUUCUGUGUAUUUGUUCUCCUCCUCCUAGGCAUCUCCGAAACCCGCCCCAGUAAACUACUUGGAAACCAUCUCAUCGCUGUACAGUCAUACGCAGGAAAUAUCAAACUUCGCACAAAAACAGCAGACGACCAUGUCCCCGAUUUCCGUAUUUUCUGUCAAAGUGCCAUUAUCCUGCCAGCCAAACUGUUCUUCCAAGAGCCUAUCGUCUUCACUAUGGCAACACUAUCCGCCAUAGCAUUCUCCUUGGUAUUUCUUUUCACAGAAGCCCUAGAUGUUGUGUUCAAGCCAUACGGUUUUACCCAGACUUCAUACUCAUUAGCAUUCGUCGCAUAUGUUAUAGGAAUGGCUUGUGGUAUUCCAAUCAGGUUGCUAGAAUUUCGUCAUCUCGAGAAGCGUGCCGAAACAAAACAGCUAGAACCAGAAGACAAAAUAAUUGGCUUUGCUACCGGAGCACCAGCUUUGGCAGCCGGUCUUUGGCUCAUGGCUUGGACUACACCACCGUUAGUUCAUGGUAUCGACUGGGUUGUGCCCAUGAUUGGAUUGGCAGGUGCUGGAUUUGCAGCAAAUGAAAUUGAGUAUGCGCUUGGGAACUACUUAGCCGAUACAUACACUGUCUACGCAUCUUCCGCCUUCGCAGCAUACUCCACUGUCCGAGCCAUACUCUCUGGUCUAUUCCCUCUGUUUGCAAAACAGAUGUACAAUGGUCUGGGAUCGAAUGUCGCUGGUUCGAUAUUAGCUGGUGUUGCUACUUUGUGGCUUGUGAGUCCUUAUAUCUUCAUGAAAUAUGGGAAGAGACUAAGGGAGAAGGGAAGAUUUGCCAAAUUAAGUCUAGAGGUUGACCAAGAUCCUCAAACGGCAGGGAGUGGUGUAUUGGAAACGCAGAUUUGUUGA